AUGCGAGCCGCUCGUCUUUCGUUCCUCCUUUACUCCCUCUCCCUCGUGGCCGUCGUCGCUGGCCAGAGCGCCGCGGUCACGGGCGUAGGAAACGCUGUCACCUCUGCUGCGGCUGCUACUACCGCAGAGGUUGCUCCUAACACAACGUCCGAGUCAACCUCAUCAACCGAGUCGACUUCAUCCACCAAAGAGACCACCACUUCCACCACCAGUCAGUCUGAGCCCACUACUACGUCAAGCUCAGAGACCACGAGUACCACGGAACCAGCAGCCAAGACAACCAAAGCAGCGGAUACGACCGCAUCUCAAACUACUAAUGCUGCCGCUGCCACCUCUAGCUCGUCGAAUAACAACAACAACAACAAUAACAACAAUAACAGCAACGAUAGCUCUACAACCACUUCCGAGACCACGGCCCAGACCACUGCUACCCCUGUCGUUAAGACCGUUGUCACCACCGAGACCAUCAGCGGAACCCCUGUGCAGACCACCAUCACCACUACCUCCACUCCGGUUAGCAGCGCGACCGAUUCUCCCAGCCUCAGUGGAGCCUCUUCCAACAGUUCCAGCGGCAGCUCCGGCCUCUCGUCUUCUCAGAAGAAGAUUAUCAUUGGUGUUGUUGUGGGUGUCGGUGGUGCGAUCAUCAUUGGAGCCAUCGCGGUGGUGGCCUGGAGAAUUCAUGCUCGGAAGGCUGCCCAUGACAACGACGAAGCUGCCGACCUCAUGAGCGGUACUGCCGUUGGAUCCGGUGCUCGCGAGAAGGCUCCUAGCCCCGGUGCCGGUGGCACGCCCUUCAAGACCACGCUUGACCAGUAUCACAACCCUGGUCCGGUGAAUGCGGCAUCAAACUUUUAA